ACAGCCAAGCUUCAGCUGUAAUUUUUUAAUUAGAGUAAGAAGUACUUCGGAAAAUGGAGAAACGGGUGGCGAUCGUAGGGGCAGGAACCAGCGGCCUGCUCGCAUGCAAGUACACGUUGCAGAAGGGUUUUAACCCAACUGUUUUUGAAGCUAAAGAGAGCGUAGGAGGAUUAUGGACUCAUACUAUAGAGUCGACCAAGCUCCAAAAUGCCAAAGAAACCUACCAAUUUUCAGAUUUCCCUUGGCCUUCUUCAGUGCAAGAAGUGUUUCCUACUCACACUCAAGUGCUGAGGUAUCUUGAGUCCUAUGCUCAACACUUUGGCAUCAUUCCUUACAUUAAAUUCAACUCCAAAGUCAUCAACAUAGACUACGUUGGAGAGUCUUAUGAAGAGAUGGAGUCAUGGGAUCAAUGGGGUGGAACCGGAAAGCCUUUUGGCUCUCGAGGGAAAUGGCACAUUCUCGUACAAGACACUAAAUCUUGCUCCACAGAGGCGUACCAAUUUGAGUUUGUGGUUCUUUGUAUUGGAAGAUUCAGUGGUCUCCCAAAUAUACCAGAGUUCCCUCCAGAUCAAGGCCCAGAAGUCUUCAAUGGUAAGGUGAUUCAUUCCAUGGACUACUCUGAUAUGGACAAGGUGAGUGCAGCAGAACUUAUCAGAAGAAAGAGAAUUGCAGUUGUUGGUUCAUUGAAAUCGGCAAUUGACAUUGCAGCAGAAUGCGCGAAUGCAAAUGGAGUUGAGUACCCUUGCACAUUGAUUCAGAGGACUGCUCACUGGUUUCUCCCCAGUGGCUCUUUGUGGGGUGUAAGCCUUGGCUUCUUGUGCUUCAAUCGCUUUUCAGAGCUGUUGGUUCAUAAGCCUGGUGAAACAUUCCCAUAUAAGUUUUUGGCAACCAUGCUUUCACCCUUGCGAUGGGCAGUCUCAAAAUUUGCUGAAAGCUAUCUUAGAUGGAAAUCCCCAUUAAAGAAAUAUGGAGUGAUACCUAAACAUAGCUUUCUUCAAGAUUUCUCUUCAUGUCGGAUUGGAAUGCUGCCUGAAAAAUUUUAUGACAAAGUGGAUGAGGGAAGCCUUGUCUUAAAGAAAUCACAAAGCUUUAGCUUCUAUAAAGAAGGUUUGAUCAUUAAUGGAGAAGAACCUCAGCAGCUAAAAGCAGAUCUUGUAAUUCUAGCCACAGGAUACAAGGGUGACCAAAAGCUUAAAAACAUGUUCGAAUCUCAAAUCUUCCGAAAGUACAUUGUUGGUUCAGCAACAUCAAUAGUUCCUCUCUAUAGGCAGAUUAUUCAUCCUCGGAUCCCACAAGUUGCAGUGAUAGGAUAUGCAGAGAGUUACUUCAAUUUGGGUACCUCUGAAAUUAGAUGUCAAUGGCUUGCACAUUUCCUUGAUGGGAAUCUUGAACUGCCUAGAAUAAGAGACAUGGAGAAGGAAAUCAUAAUGUGGGAAAAUAACAUGAAGCAAUAUGAUGGGAGAUAUUUUCGGAACUCGGGUAUUGCGAGCUCUAAUAUUUGGUACAAUGAUCAGUUGUGCAAAGACAUGGGAUGUAAGCAUAAAAGAAAGAAGGGAAUAUUUGCAGAGUAUUUUCAACCAUAUGGACCGUUGGAUUAUGCAGGUCUCCUCAGUAAAUAACAAGAAAUGAAUAUCAGAAAUAAAUAAACACAUUUGCUAGCUUGAUGCAUGUGUCUCAUCCUCUCUUGUCCUUUUUUUUUUUUUUACUUGUAUUCAAUACCAAACAACUUGCAUAUUUGCUAAGCGUCUGUAGUUUUACCCUUUCAAAAUAUGUUCUCCGAACUCAGUCUAUUGUUUGGAUUUCUAUCGGUUCUAAGGCUAUUUUAUGAACUUUUAAGAUUGACAGAGUAUGCAAACCUAAAAAAGCAGCCUUAGCCAAGAUAAAGCUGGUGUGGGGGCUAUACUUAGGGAUGAAAGGGGCUGUGUUAUAAUGGCCAAGUAAAGUUGAGAACGAGGUUGAUGAUCCAGAAACAGUGGAAUUGGUUGCUAUGCUUCGAGGUCUUCAAUUUUGUCUUCAGUCAGGUAUCUCUAGACUAAUUCUGGAAUCUGAUUGUUUGGUGUUGAUUAACGAGCUACAAAGACUAGCUGCAACUUCUAUUUCAAAGGUGAGGAAUCUGUUGAAAGAAGCCCAAGCUUUGAUGACACGUUUUAGUGUGUAAUUGUCAACAUGUAAACAGGUUGGGUAAUGAGGCAGCACAUAAGUUGGCUGCAUGGAAUAUUGAUGAUAUUGUUAUGUGGGGGGGCCAUGUUCCAGUCUGUUGCCUAAGCUGUUUGGGUUGAUAAAAAUUCUUUGUAAUUCUGUUAUUUGAUGAAA